CUUUGUUGUAAUAUUUAAAAGCUGAGCUGGCGUGUCCCUGUCAGAUUGCAGCUGUACACGGCUGACACUCAGAACCAUGCGGCUCCAGCUCCUGGCUGUACUUCUGUGCUCACUGGCAUCAGCUACUGCAGGUACAAAGUCUUGUCCUCUUGGGUUUAUGCAGUACAAGAAGUCCUGCUACUGGUUUUCCAACAUACAUGGAUCAUUUGCUGAAGCAAGCGCUUACUGUGGCUACAUGGAGAGCCAUCUCGUAAGGAUAAAUAACAAAGAUGAGGACGACUUCCUAAGAAGUUAUGCCAAAAGAAGAGGCAAAGCUGCGAAGUAUUGGCUUGGUGCGACUGAUCUGAACCUGCAGGGGAGAUGGCUGUGGGAGGGACGGCGUCCUAUGGUCUACAGCAACUGGUCUCCAAGACAACCUGAUAAUUACAAGGGGAGAGAACAUUGUCUGGAAAUGAGACGGUCCUAUAGUUACUAUUUAUGGAACGACGCUCCGUGUCACGCGUACAGUACGUCGCACUUCAUUUGCGAAAAGGAAAUCUGAUGUCAGUCAGUAACAUGAGUGAAAGUCAGUCGUUAAUAAAAUACGACUGAAAUAUG